GGCAAGGCGGCCUAUGCUUCGGGUGUAGAACUACUUCCUUUUGAUUCUCUUCAUGUCUCCUCUUCCUCGGCAGCACCGUCAUCCAAUGGUGCCUUCAAGCCCGCAAAAGUUGGUGCCAGUUAUUUCAUGUCAUACCACACUGUGUUGCGUCAGCCAAGUGACUUCCUUGAUGCUCUCAUCUCGGGAAGACAAUUGGCUGACGAUGUGACUCGUAUUUGGAGGACGCGCCGCAACCUGUCGGUUACCGAUGGGAACUCUCAAAUGGAUUAUCUGGAACCUGAUAGUGUCUUUGCUUACAGGUGA